ACAUGCACUGACGUGCUGAGACAGAGUGAGAAAGAGGGAGCUUGCAGCACCUGAGAGGCAGCAGCUUCAUUAGCAUUGGUAACAGGCAGCCACACCAGGACUCAUGUAGAUAAACUGCUGUGAUCCACCGCUUGUGGAGCAACGCGGGAAGGUUACAGCAGAAGGAGGAGGAGAACAGGGGGAUGAGGAGCAUCGCCGCCACCUGACUCACACUGGGAGUCAGCAUCGGCACCUGGAGCGGCAGUGUGAGCACUCAAGGCGACCAGGGAGGACGGAGGGAGAGAGCUGCUGAGAUUAUGCGCGGGGCAGCGAGCUCCUGUGGAUUCCCCGUCUUUGGCAGUAAUAGCGGCAGCAGGAGGAGAGGGAGCUGUGGCUCUACAGAUAGAGCUAGCUGCAGCAAAAAGACAAGGAGCCACAACUCCAAAGCUAUUUAUUUACCUAAAGAUGAUUUACAGCCAAGGUGUAACCGGAACCAGAUGUUGCCACUGUGUUGAAUGUACCUGUAGCCAGAGCGCUGCUGCAGCGCUGGUGCAUGAGUGACCACAGCAGUGCAGUUAGGUGUAGUUGUAGCAGUGGCUCCGGACACUGAAUGACCAGUGUGGCUGAUGAAGGCCACCUGGAUCCGCUUGCUGAAACGAGCCAAGGGAGGUCGUGUCAAGAACUCUGAUGCCGAUGGUUCGGCCGACUCCUACACCAGCCGUCCAUCAGACUCCGAUGUGUCCCUUGAGGAGGACAAGGAGGCAGUGCGCAGAGAGGCAGAGCGACAGGCUCAGGCACAGCUCGACAAGGCCAAGACCAAACCAGUUGCAUUUGCUGUCCGCACAAAUGUCAACUACAGCCCGUGUCACGAUGACGAUGUCCCUGUGCCUGGCAUGGCCAUCUCCUUUGAGGCUAAAGACUUCCUCCAUGUCAAAGAGAAAUUCAACAACGACUGGUGGAUAGGACGCCUGGUGAAGGAAGGCUGUGAAAUUGGUUUCAUCCCAAGUCCCGUGAAGAUUGAAAACACUCGCAUCCUCCAGGAGCAGAGAGCCAAACAGGGCAAGUUCCACUCCAGUAAAUUGGGAGCAAACUCAUCUUCUAGUUUAGGUGAAGUGGUUCCUAACUCACGGAAAUCUACUCCUCCUUCGUCUGCCAUUGACAUAGACGCCCCAGACUUAGACCUCGAGGACAAUGAGCUUCCAGUCAACCUGCGCUCCCCUAAAGCCAGUCCAAACACUGUCAUGUCACCCCUAGCAAAAGAGAAACGAAUGCCCUUUUUUAAGAAGGCGGAACACAUUCCUCCGUACGACGUUGUGCCUUCUAUGCGGCCCGUGGUUCUCGUUGGACCAUCACUAAAGGGCUAUGAGGUGACAGACAUGAUGCAAAAAGCACUGUUUGACUUUUUGAAACACAGAUUCGAGGGAAGAAUAUCAAUCACUCGCGUCACAGCGGACAUCUCUCUGGCAAAACGCUCAGUCCUGAACAAUCCCAGCAAGCACGCCAUUAUCGAGCGGUCCAACACACGCUCAAACUUGGCUGAAGUCCAGAGUGAAAUUGAGCGCAUUUUCGAACUUGCCCGGACGUUACAGCUGGUCGUUCUGGACGCCGACACCAUCAACCACCCGUCACAGCUGGGGAAGACCUCCCUCGCCCCCAUCAUUGUCUACGUCAAGAUAACCUCUCCUAAGGUGCUCACGAGGCUUAUCAAGUCUAGAGGCAAGUCUCAGGCCAAACACCUCAAUGUCCAGAUGGUGGCUGCUGACAAGCUGGCUCAGUGCCCUCCUGAGAUGUUUGACAUCAUCCUAGAUGAGAACCAGCUGGAGGAUGCAUGUGAGCAUAUGGCUGAUUACCUGGAGGCGUACUGGAAAAGCACUCACCCCACAAGCUGCAACCCCCCCAACCCAAUGCUAACGAAGCUGCCCACAGCCGCCCUGCCCACAAGCCCCGCCCCGGUCUCCGCCGUGCAGGGAAUCGGUGCAGAGCAGAAAGGUGAUAAAGCAUUGGUGGAGAGGAAGGGCUCGAGAGAGGAUCACCAGCACCAUCAUCAUCAUCACCACCACCACCAGGACCAGGGUGAUGCCGAUGGGGAGGCUGAGGGGGAGGGCAAUGAGGAGGAGAGGCCGCUGAGGACAGAGACCUCCAGGAGAGCCCAGCACAUCCACCACCGUUCGUCUUCCACCAGGACUGAGCAACACAACCACCACCACCACCACAGCGGUCGGGGUCGAGGCCUCUCUCGGCAGGAAACUUUGGACUCGGAGACCCCCGAGAGCAGAGAGAGCAGAGAGAGCAAGGACUCGGCUUAUAUCGAGCCACGCACUCAACUCCUCCACCGGGAGGAGGAGGAUGAGGAAGAGGAGGAAGAGGAGGAGGAGGAAGAGGAGGAGGAGGAGGAGGAGGAGGAAGAGGAAGAGGAGGAGGAUCUAGGGGAGGGGCACCCCCAGCAGCAACAGCGUUAUGAGCCACUGCCCCACCGGGACCACAACCACCAUCACCACCACCACCAUCACCGGGGUGGGGCGGAUGAGGCCGGCCACAGCACAGGACACCACCGCUCAAAGGAGCGCGAACAGGACCAUAACGAACGGAACAAGCAGCGCUCGCACCAUCACCGGCCGGCACGCGACCACCACCACUACUACGAUCGGGACAGAGACAGGGACCGAGAGGUGGAGGUAGCUCCCAAAAAGAGGGGAGACGCAGGGGAAUGGUCCAGAGACUCCUACAUCCACCAGUGACAGACCAAAUCCCUCCUGAAGCUCAUUUGGACUCCUAACCAUUCUGUUCUCCCAUCGUGCUGCUAUACCCUGAAACCACAGCAUCCUAUUUAUGUACACUUCCUUUUUAAAUGCUGUUGCAUCUUUUUCAAUGGUAGGAUUUUGAUUACAUAGAUACAAAUAUAAAUAUAUAAAUAUAUGUAUGUGUGUAUCUAUGCAUAGACGUUGUUUAUGUGUGGAUAUGCAUGAAUAUUCUCAAAUAUGCAUAUUUUAAACCUGUGUUUGAUAAAGCAUGACACAAAAGCAGAAUUUUUUUCUGUACGGAGCUGUGCUUUCUGUGAUUAGCAUUUUUAAUUUUGUAUUGUUUUAUUUUUUGCUUGCUAUCACUUGAAUAAUUUGUUCCUUCAGACUACUGCUAGGGUUGACUGCAACGGUUGACUAACCAAGUCAGUUUGAUGCUGUAUUUGCAGACAAAUUUUGUUCUAAAGAAUAGUUUGUCAAUUUGGGAAAUAGGCUUAUUCUCUGUCUUGCUGAGGGUGGCCAGUUUGUUAGGUACACCUAAAACUAAUGCAGUCUAAAAUAUAAUACCUCCUUAAAGGUAUUCAACUGUUUUUGUUGAAACUGAACUUUAUCAUAACUGGAGGCUGCAGUGUGUGGUGCUUUUGGUCUGUAUUGUGUUGUUAGACUGGCAGUUUCUAUUAUUUUGUCCACCCCUUUUAUAUCAAUGAGGGUAGUCUAAAGAACAGGACUGUUAGAUUAGACUCUGUUAGUUUUAGCACCUAAAUAACUGCCAACUGGGUCUAAAGGGAAAGAUCAAUUACACACACAUUAAAGGUAAAUAUGGUGUUACAGCUAGCAGCCUGUUAGCUUAACUAUAUGGGAAGACAGCCAGUCUUUCCCUGUUUGAAGGUUGUAAGGAAUAUUUAAAGCUCACAAACUAACAUUUGAUAUGUUAUUUGUUUAUUUUGUAUAAAUAACCACAUUUAAAAACGUCUUUAGAAAAAGUUGCGAUUUAACUUCAGCUAAGUUACUGCAAGCUAACAGGCUGCUAUUGCUAUCAGCAGGUUAACAGACAGAUACGUGGUUUUGAUUUUGUAAUUUAAUUACCAGCAAGGAAGCAAGUAAGCAUGUUCCCUAAAGUGUCAGACUACUCCCUUAAUGUUAUGUUAAUCAUUUAUAGCUUAGUUCCUUUUUUAAAUUCUGAAUCAAUGGUUUAAGAUAUUGGGUUUGGACGUCUUUAAGCCUCCCUGGAGGUGCACCUUAGUCUUUCCUUACAAGACAAACAAAUUCUACAACUUCCUCUCGUAGAUGCAGUACUGUUCUCUUUGUAUGGGUCCAGAAACAUUUUAUACCAUUGAUACACCCUUCUGCACUUUUACUGAUUCACGUUGGUUUCAAGUGAAAUUUGAUAUUGCAACUUUUCUGUAGGUCUACAACCAAAACUCCACUUAGAUUCAUGUGUUAUUAAGUCUGACCCCUUUUUCUAUUGAAUGUUGUUAAAUUCCCACUUUAACUCCCA